AUGCAAAAGAGGACAUGCCUUCACACCUACAGGCAUGAUAAUGAUCGUUUCUGGGUGCUGGCUGCGCAUCCAACAUUGAAUUUGUUUGCUGCCGGUCACGAUAAUGGAAUGAUGGUUUUCAAGAUUGAGCGUGAACGGCCGGCAUUUUGUGUGCACGAAAAUUUGGUGUUCUAUGUAAAGGAUCGUCAACUGAGGCGUCUUGAUUUAACAACUAACAAAGAUGUGGCGUUAGUUCAACUUCGUGGCACAAAGCUUACUCAGCCCUAUUAUUCAUUGCACUACAAUCCCGCAGAAAAUGCAUUCCUGUUGAUCACUCGAACGGCGUUGCCGGAACACAGCACUUGUGAUAUGUACAAGGUGCCGAAAGAGACGGUGAGUGGUGGAGGUGAAGCUCCGGAAGGGAAACGUUCACCAGGCGUUGCUGCUGUUUGGGUUGCACGCAAUCGUUUUGCUGUAUUGGAUAAAAAUCAACAGAUUACUAUAAGAGAUUUGUCGAACCGUGAAAAUCGAAAGAUUGAACAGAACAUCCCGAUUGAUGACAUUUUCUACGCUGGCACGGGACUUUUGUUGCUCAAAAACAAUGAAAGCGUGCAACUUCUCGACAUCCAACAGAAACGCAUUCUUGCAUCGGCCAAAGUUUCGAAAGUGAAAUAUGUAAUUUGGUCAAAGAAUUUGGAGUACGCAGCUCUGUUAAGCAAGCACACCUUAACACUAGUGACGCGAAAACUUCAGAUCCUGUGCUCUGUGCAAGAAUCGACACGUGUGAAAAGCGGUGCGUGGGAAGAAGGAGGUGUUUUCUUAUACACGACCAGUAAUCAUAUUAAAUAUGCGUUAACCGCUGGUGAUUAUGGCAUUAUCAGAACUCUGGAUGUGCCAGUAUAUGUGCUGGCGGUGCGCGGUGAAAGCCUCUAUUGCCUCAACAGGGAAGCAGCACCAGUCGAAGUUCCCAUUGAUCCAACGGAGUACCGCUUCAAAUUAGCACUUAUAAAUCGUCGAUAUGAUGAGGUACUAAAUAUGGUGCGUUCAGCAAAUUUGGUUGGGCAAUCGAUCAUUGCGUAUCUGCAGAAAAAGGGCUACCCGGAAGUGGCGCUGCAUUUUGUGAAGGACGAAAAGACACGAUUCGGCUUGGCACUUGAGUGCGGCAAUCUGGAAAUUGCACUGGAAGCAGCGAAGGUGUUGGAUGAUAAAGCAGUCUGGCACGCUCUUGGCGAAGCUGCUCUUUUGCAAGGCAAUCACCAGGAUGUGAAUGGGCAUUACCAGACGGCACUUCUCCUCGGCGAUGUUGGCGAACGUAUCAAAGUGUUGAAGGAAGUUGGUCAAACAUCACUGGCUUAUUUGACAGCAGCAACUCAUGGAUUUAAUGAAGAAGCAGAACAACUCAAAGGGGAACUACUAGCACGCGGGCAGAGCUUGCCUCCAGUUGAGCCAAAUGCUCGCUUGCUUAUCCCUCCACCACCGAUCAAACGGAUGGAAGAUAACUGGCCUCUGUUGACGAUGUCUCGAGGUCCAUUCGACGCACAUCUCAUCACUGGACCACUUCCCAGCGCCACUGCAGGAAAGGCAUCGCGAGCAGCUGCUGCUUUCGCCCAUAAUGAUGACGAAGACGUCGAUGUGGCUGGCGAUGCGUGGGGUGCUGGUGAAUUGGUGAUGCUGGACGAUGAGGGCAAUCCAGAUAUUGAUGAAGAGGAAAUGCAUAGUGUUGCCAGUGAAGGGGUUGAACAAGAAGGCGGUGGUUGGGAUGUGUGUUUAUUGGUGGCGGAUCACGUUGCUGCUGGUGCGUUUGAUAGUGCUGCACGCUUGUUACGUGAACAGUUAGGAAUUAUUCGUAUAGAGCCGUUCAAGCAGCUUUUCCUUACAGCAUGUGCCAGAUCGCGUACAGCUUACGAAGGCUUACCAGGCGCUGGUCCGAAUUUCGCUUAUCCAUUGCGUAAUUGGCAAGAUGGCGCUGGCCGAAGUGGCCUCCCAGCUGUUGGACUUCAUCUUGGCGAUCUCGCUGCACGACUGCAGACUUGUUACCAUCUCACUACUAGUGGUAAAUUCACUGAGGCUGUUGAGAAGCUACGCCUGCUGCUGCUCUCUGUACCACUACUGGUUGUGGAUUCAAAGCAGGAGACUGCAGAGGCACAACAACUGAUUGACAUCUGUCGCGAAUACUUGGUUGGCUUGCUGAUGGAAUGUGCACGGAAGGAGUUGCCGAAAAUAGCCGAAAAUGCAAAACGAAAUGCCGAAAUGGCAGCAUAUUUCACGCAUUGUCAACUCCAACCGAUCCAUCAAAUUUUAACACUGAGAACGGCGGUGAAUUUGUUUUUCAAACUGAAGCAAAUGAAAACCUGCGCAUCAUUCUGCAAGCGUCUACUCGAAUUAGGGCCGAAACCGGAGAUUGCUGCACAGAUCAGGAAAGUAUUGACGGUCACGGAGAAAGAUCCAACUGAUGCCCACGAGCUACAAUACGAUGAACACAAUCCAUUUGUGAUUUGUUCGAGAACAUUCAAACCGUUGUAUCGCGGAAAACCUCAGGUGAAAUGUCCAUUCUGUGGCGCCUCCUACGCACCAGAUUUUACCGGUGAACUUUGUGGCGUAUGCGAAGUGGCUGAAGUGGGACGUGAUGCGGUGGGCUUGAAAGUGAGCACUUUCCAGAGUUCUCGUUAA